CGGAGCGCGGCGCGAGGGAGGGAGAAGGCGAGCGGCCGCAAGGGUGACCCGGGCGAGGCCGGCGGCCUGCCAGCCUGUCGGUCCGCCCCGGCCCCGGGCCCUCGGUCCCCGCCACCGCCUCCGCCCGGGCCUCGGGCCCGCCUCGGACCGGCCCCGGCGGACGAGCCGAGGAGCGAGCCAGCGCCGGCCUCCCGCCCCACCUCCCGCGGGCCCGCGGCCCGGCCGGAGGAUGACGGAGCUGCAGUCGGCGCUGCUCCUGCGGAGGCAGCUGGCAGAGCUCAACAAGAAUCCAGUCGAAGGCUUUUCAGCUGGUUUAAUAGAUGACAAUGAUCUGUACCGAUGGGAAGUCCUCAUCAUCGGCCCCCCAGACACACUCUAUGAAGGGGGUGUUUUUAAAGCUCAUCUCACUUUCCCAAAAGACUACCCCCUCAGACCACCAAAAAUGAAGUUCAUCACAGAGAUAUGGCAUCCAAACGUUGACAAAAAUGGCGAUGUCUGCAUUUCCAUCCUUCACGAACCUGGGGAAGACAAAUAUGGCUAUGAAAAGCCAGAAGAGCGCUGGCUCCCCAUCCACACAGUGGAAACCAUCAUGAUCAGCGUCAUUUCCAUGCUGGCGGAUCCCAACGGAGACUCGCCCGCCAAUGUGGACGCAGCCAAAGAAUGGAGGGAAGACCGGAAUGGAGAAUUCAAGAGGAAAGUUGCCCGCUGUGUGAGGAAGAGCCAAGAGACUGCUUUCGAGUGACCUUUGGCUAGCAGCUCGUAGCUUCACUUUUUCAGGGUCUCCACUUGGGAAACAUGGCACUCUCCCCACCUAGCUGGACUGAUGUCGUAACAAGUUGGCAAACGCUGGCUGGACCGGGCUGCAAUCAAACACGCCAGUAUCAGUGCUGACAAGAGCCUCCAAGUGCCAACUUAGAGAUGAUGACGCAUUCUGAAUUCUAAUGAACUGCUUUAACCUUCAGGAAGAAUUGUAAAGACGUGUACAUAGCACAACGUGACCCGGAGAAUAUCUAUACUGUCCAUGUCCACCCCCAUCCACGGUGUACCAAAUGAUGCUCUCGUAGUUAGACUAAGAAUCGUGUACAUUCGAAAGAUUUUAGCAGGUUUUCUUUCCCUAUUCAUUGUUUCUUUAUCAGUUUAAAGAGACUCCUUAAAGCAUGUCAGAUUAAAACCAAUUAGGAUUAAACUUGUCCAUUUAAUUUUCCUUUAAACCAUUGAGGCUUCAUUAAACGCUUUCAUUUACUAGACUUUUGUAUUUUCUUUGUUUGGAAACACUUCCCUGGGCUCUUGUACCUUCUGCCAGAGCAUUUUCCAGUUGUUUAGUUCCAAUACGGAGACUCUCACUAAGCAGCUACCUGACUUGAAUGAGGACCUGCCCGGGACGGCCAGGCCUCGGUGCUCUCCUCUUGGCAUCCAAUCACGCACGUCUUCGAUUGGGUGUAGCAAUAAUCUUUCUGGCCGUCAAGCUCUCGCGGCGCCCACUCUUCUGGUCCAAAGUCAGUGGAUUGGAAUUCACCCAAGGGGUUUUUUUGGUCCUUUGUCUUCAUUCUGCCUGAUGUUGACGUUGGACUCACAAAGCAUGGCCAGCUGGAAGCUUUUCCCACCAAUAACUUUUGGGUUUGUGAUUGAAGAUGCUGUGUCCCCCAACACCCUCCCCAUUUCUCUACACCUAAUGUACAAAGAAAUUGCGAUGUAUAUUUUCAUGUAAUUUGAUUUUUGGAAUUCUGUCACCUUAUGUAGUGAGUUCUUCCAAAAUAUAAUUUUUUCCAAUAAUU